GCGCGCCACUCCGCAGACCAACAUGUCCUCGUUUCGCAUCAAUCAAGUCCGCGUCCUCGGUGAGAUGCCUCGCGAGUUCCUUGACAUUCUCACUCCCGACGCCCUGCGCUUCCUCGCCCACUUGCACGAAUCGUUUGAAGCGCGACGGCGGCAGCUCUUGCGUGACCGCGCCGAUCGCCAAGUUGCAUUGGACGCGGGCCAUUUCCCGACUUUUUUGCCUGAAACCAAGUACAUUCGCGACGGCGCGUGGAAAGUGGCGAGCAUACCCCAUGACUUGCAAGAUCGCCGCGUUGAAAUCACUGGCCCAGUCGAUCGCAAGAUGGUUAUCAAUGGUUUGAACUCAGGGGCCAAGUGCUACAUGGCUGAUUUUGAAGACUCGACAUCGCCCACGUGGCGCACGCUGGUGCAGGGCCAAGUCAAUCUUCGUGACGCCGUUCGUCGGACAAUUUCGUUCACACAAGCUGCGACGGGCAAGACAUAUGCCUUGAACGAGACAAUCGCGACUUUGCUAGUGCGACCCCGCGGUUGGCAUUUGGACGAAGCUCACCUGACGGUGAAUGACGAGAUCAUGUCCGGGUCGUUGUUCGACUUUGGGCUGUACUUUUUUCAUAACGUCCACGAGCUCGUUCAACGUGGAUCAGGGCCAUACUUCUACUUGCCCAAACUGGAGCACCACAACGAAGCCCGUCUGUGGAACGAUGUGUUUAUUGCCGCGCAAAACUACCUAGCCGUCCCCGUGGGAACGAUCAGGGCGACGGUUCUGAUUGAAACAAUCACGGCGGGGUACCAGAUGGAAGAGAUUCUCUUUGCGCUCAAGGAACAUUCGAGCGGGUUGAACUGCGGUCGUUGGGACUACAUAUUUUCGUUCAUCAAAAAGUUUCGCAACCACCCGUCGUUCGUCAUGCCCGACCGUGCUGCCGUGUCAAUGACGACACCAUUUAUGGCGUCUUACGUUAAGUUGCUCAUCCAGACUUGCCACAAACGCGGCGCUCACGCUAUGGGCGGCAUGGCGGCCCAAAUCCCAGUGAAGAACAACCCCGCACUCAACGAAAAGUUUAUGAAGGCAGUGUAUGACGACAAGUUGCGAGAGGUGGUCGCGGGCCACGAUGGAACCUGGGUAGCUCAUCCUGGUCUUGUCAAUAUCGCCAUGGACGUCUUCAAUGCCAACAUGACGACACCCAACCAGAUCCACAAGACCGCUCCAUUGGCGAGCGCGACUGUUGAAGCGAAGGACUUAAUUGAGGUGCCAGUAGGAUCGAUCUCGAUGACUGGGCUACAAGAAAAUAUCGACGUGACCCUCGUGUAUGUCGAGGCGUGGCUACGAGGCAAUGGAUGCAUUCCCCUUCACAACAAGAUGGAAGACGCCGCGACUGCUGAGAUUUCCCGCGUGCAGGUGUGGCAGUGGCUCAAGCAUGCUGCGUCCACCGCCAAUGGCCAGCGCAUUACAAAGGAUCUUGUGCUGAACAUUCUCGACGACUGCACAAACAAGCACCUUGCUCGCGCCAAGGGCGACCACAAGUACGCAUUGGCGAAGGACGUGACGGCCGACAUUUUAACGGGCCCAACCUUUCCCGAGUUUUUGACGCUACCGUGCUACCCGCACAUCGUGUCGUACGAGGCAAGCGGUGCGUCCAAGUUGUAAGACCUACACGCUCCUUUUUGUAUCUAUAGUCGGCCGACGCGUGGCCGAGCAACGAGUGAAGUGAUUGAGAAAGCUGCUCCCUUUCACAAACAUUUCCUCGCCAAAUUCCAUCCUCCCCACUUUGCUGUAACAUUUCUCCUUCGUGGGGCUUGACGACAUAUUGCCGGCUCAAUACAAUCAAAAAGAGUGCGUGUUUCGGU